AUAUAUAUAUAUAUAUAAAACAAAAAAAAAACAAAGAUGAGUUCCUAUUUUGUCAACUCUCUCUUCUCCAAAUAUAAAAGUGGAGAUUCCUUGCGCCCUAAUUAUUACGAGUGUGGGUUCGCGCAGGAGCUCGGCGCAAGACCCACUGUAGUCUAUGGAACCAGUACCGGGACCGGUUUCCAGCACUCUGCUCAGCUCCAGGAUUUUUACCACCCCAGCGCAUCGUCUCUCUCCGCUACUCCUUACCAGCAGAACCCCUGCGCCGUGACCUGCCACGGAGAGCCGGGCAAUUUCUAUGGAUACGACGCCCUGCAAAGACAGACCCUCUUCGGCGCCCAGGAUUCCGAUUUGGUCCAGUACAGCGACUGCAAACUCGCCUCCAACAGCCUCGGAGAAGACGCUGAAGUCACCGAACAGAGCCCGUCUCCCACGCAACUCUUUCCAUGGAUGAGACCCCAAGCAGCUGCCGGACGGAGGCGAGGCAGGCAGACGUACAGCCGCUACCAAACGCUGGAACUGGAGAAGGAAUUCUUGUUCAACCCGUAUCUGACGCGCAAGCGGCGGAUUGAGGUAUCGCAUGCCCUGGGACUGACUGAAAGGCAGGUCAAAAUCUGGUUCCAGAACAGGAGAAUGAAAUGGAAGAAGGAGAACAAUAAAGACAAAUUCCCCAGUUGCAAAUCCGAGCAAGAGGAGAUCGAGAAAGAGAAACAAGAAAGGGGCGAGGGCGACGGGGCGGAAUCGGAACCCCGCGCCGAGGACAAGGCGAAACAGGAAUAGAAGGGAAUAAACAAACAAACAAAAAACUAUAUACAAAAAAAUACAACCUUUAAUACUUGUUAGUCGUGUAAAUGAUGGAUAAAAACAGUAUCAGAAAUGGAGAUGGACGACAUUCUUGAAGAGCCCCAUUUUUAGCCACUGUUGUUUGAUAUAACAGAGCUGUAUGAGACAAAAUGAAGCAUUUUUACUUUGUACUAGAUGUUAAAAUAUAUUGUAGUGAAAACAACAGCAAUUCAUAUACAUUUCUUUUUGUGUUAUUAUAAUAGAAUGUUUGUUAUUAAAAAUUGCAUCCGGCAGCUUAUUAGCGUGUAGAUUAAGUUAAAAUGUGUCCUUUUUUUUCCUUUUUUUAAAAAAACAAAAACAGCAAAAAAUGGAAUUAUUCCAACAACAUAAAACUGCCUAAUUAUGCUGUAUAAGUUAUCACUUGUUUAUAUUGUGUUAUUAUCUAUUUUUUUCUGUCUGUUUAAGUAAUGAUAUUUUGUGUUGUUUUAUUUUUCUUGUUGCUGGUAAGCAUGCGCAAAGUGCAAACACAAUGAAGGCCAUGUAAAGUGACCCUCCGUUUACUGUGAAAAGGCUGUAUACUGUACUCGUGAAUUACUUUCUAGGCACUUGGUGACAUCCUUUGUUCUUCGCUACUUUGUUCUAUUGUCUAAACCUGGAAGCGGCGGAAGAAAGAGGUAUAAUAAAGUUUAAAAGGAA